GAGAAAUUUGAAAGCAGCUUAAGUCGUGAAGAUUCGUCGGUCUCAAGACGCCCAAAACUUCUGUCGUUGCAUUUGCAUACGCUCUUAUGCGAAUUUGAUGAGUCAUUUCUGAAAUGAAUUGAAAAAUUCGGCUCCAAAUCACCAAAUUGGAAUCCCAAGCCCUAAUCGUCGCCUCUGCCUCACCGGCCCGCUUGCGUCGCCGUAAACUCUGCCGGAACUGGUUUGCUUGAUUGGCGGCCUCCUGACUCCUCUUCACUCUGGCUUUCGAGGUUGCCGUCUAAUUGGAUUUUCUCCGAAACCAAAAAUGGCGGGCCGUGUUACUACUAGUGAAGAGGAACGUACUACUACUGACUUCCGAUGUGUGCAGUGUGGAUUUCCUGUCAAAACACUCUACAUUCAGUAUUCUCCAGGAAAUAUUCGCCUCGUGAAAUGCGGAAAUUGCAAGGCUGUUGCUGAUGGGUACAUCGAGUGUGAAGUAAUGAUUCUCAUCCUUGAUUUGAUUCUGCACAAGCCCAAAGCGUAUCGGCAUGUAUUCUACAAUAUGUUCAGUAAAGAGACUGUAAAAUUUGAGAGUUUGUUGUGGAAAUUGGUGCUGGUGUAUUGGAUGUUGGAUAUCUACAGAAUGUGGGUUUUGAGCACAAAUGAGAAGGAAUAUACCAUGCCUACAAGUUUUACGUCAUUUCUGCUAGAAUUUGGAAAGAUGCUAACUGGUGUAAUGUUUGGGAACCUCAUAUUUAUUUGUGUGUUGUUCUGUGGCACAAGAAAGCUUCUCAGCCCAGCAACUAUUUUUCACGGGUGGAAACAAAUGCUGUUUGUAGUCGUUGUUUCAAGUUACUUUAAGAUCUUUCUUUUGGCCAUGAUGGUCUGGGAAUUCCCUUCCUCUGUGAUUGUAAUCAUUGACGUUUUUGUCUUAUCAUCCAACACUGUGGCUUUAAAAGUGAUCACCAACUCAGUGAUGAGGAGAUCCUUGCUUGUGUGUGCCUUGGCACAUGGUUUGAAGUGUUUCACCAGUCAGAGCAAAGCGUUCGGUCUCUAAAGCUAAUUGCCAGAAGUGGCAUGGCGUCAACAAUGAAAUCAUCAAGCAGUUUGGUGUUCCUAUCCAUCAACUUCCCCUCCUUGAGUGAAUGGUGAAAAAGUUUAAGAUUGCUGCUGUUCUUGUUGAUCCUGGGCUGAAACUGUUGGCCGUGUGUUAUAGCCAUUUAUUGGAGUGUAGAAAUCUAACCUGAGAAUUUUGUCGACCCAUCGUUGAAAUGUGGGCAGUCCACAGGAUAUUGUUGGCUCUUUUCCUUGGUAUGUUUCCUUCAUCUUCUCUCAUGCAACUACGUUUGGAUUACCAUGUGGUUUACUUACUGUUGGUUUGUUUUUUGAAAUUUGUUCAAAAUGUGAAAAAAGACUAUGAAUGUACGAGUGUGUCAUACUACUUUUAAAAUUCAGAAAUUAUAUUAAUUCAUUUUUUAAAGAUCA